AUGGAUUCAAAAAGUAAUGUUCACUUUAGAAAAUUUACUGGGAGUAAAGAAAAGAUAUUAAAAAAUGAAUUUGAAACAAAGAUAAUUGAUAAAAAAAAAUUAUUUGACAGGAUAGAGGAUUAUUGUGAUUUAAAAAAACUAAAAAUUUACAAUUUGAAUUAUUUAAUUAAUUUAUUAUACAGUCCUACAUGUUCAUCUAGUCUCGGUCUUAUGAUGGUUAUAGAUAUUCCAGAUGAAAGAGGACUUGGUAAUAUUGAUCUUCGAUUUGGUGAUGCUAUGAAAUGUCAUUUUCCAUUGUUUGACUGGUUAUCUCCUUUACCUUUAGAAUAUAUGGGUUUAUUGUACUUUAUUAUGUGGCUAGGUUCAUUAGGUAUAUGCCUAGGUUACAAAUUUAAACUGUCUUGUAUUUUAUUUAUUUUUCCCUACUGGUACAUUUAUUUGUUGGAUAAAUCGUUUUGGAAUAAUCACAGUUAUCUCUAUGGAUUGAUUUCAAUUUUAUUCACAUUUACCUGCGCACAUUAUUCUUUUUCUUUAGAUGCUUAUUUGAAUCCUUCGAUCAACAAUGAGCCAGUGCCAUUAUGGAAUUAUGUCAUUAUCCGUUUUCAAUUUUUUCUUCUUUACUUUUAUGCAGGAAUGAAGAAAUUUGAUCCUGAUUGGAUUGGAGGAUAUUCUAUGACAAAAUUAGGUCUUCAUUGGGUUUUCGAACCUUUCAGAUUGGUACUUAAUAACGAUCAAAUAGAUUUUUGGAUAAUACAUAUUUUCGGAUUCACAUUCGAUUUAACAGUAGGAUUUUUCUUUUUAUUCGAUAAAACUAGACCAAUAGCCAUUAUUUUUUCUACAGCUUUUCAUUUAUUAAAUAGUUGUAUGUUUCACAUUGGACAAUUCCCAUAUGUUUGCUUGGUGACAACACCGAUUUUCUGUAACUACGACUGGCCAGAACAACUUCUCAAUCAUGAAAAAUAUCCCAUUUGCAUGGAAAAAGUAACUAACAAACAAAAAUUUGUUUGUUUUGCAAUGAGUAUUUACAUAGCCGUUCAACUUUUUCUACCAUAUUCUCAUUUUCUGACUCAGGGUUAUAAUAAUUGGACGAAUGGUUUGUAUGGAUAUUCUUGGGACAUGAUGGUUCAAAAUUGGAAUUCCGAUGCUAUCGUAAUCAAAGUAGUUGACAACGAAUCGAAAAAAGAAUUUUUCAUAGAUCCGGAAGCUUGGGUUAGUAAUACCAGGUACAGCAAACACGGGGAUAUGUUAAUACAAUAUGCUAAAUGUUUAAAAAAAAAUUUGAAUAAUCCAAACGUGUACACUUCGAAAGAUGUCGGAGUUAAAUCAUUCGAUGAUAUUUCUAUUUACGUCGAUGUCUGGUGUUCUUUAAAUGGAAGAUUUCAACAGAGAAUGUUUAAUCCAAAUCAAAAUUUAUUGACUGCAAAAUGGAAUCCAUUUGAAAAAAUUUCCUGGUUGAUGCCAUUACUAACGAAUUAUUCUUCUUGGCGUGUGAAUUUAAAAGAAAUUCAAAAACAGGUACACGGUUGGUCGAAUCACAGCGAAGUUUUAUUCGUUGCCGAUUUUCCAGGUAUGCAUUUGGAAAAUUACAUUGAGAUGGAAUUUACGAACGUGACGGUUACGGUUUUAGAGGGUACCAUAACUCUGGAACAAGGAAAUAAUAAUAAUACUCUCGCAAAAGGAGAUUUUGCUAAAAUAAACGAAGGAACUUUUCAUAAAAUAUACACGAUAUCGACCGUACCUUCUUGUUACAUGUACACGUAUAAUAAUUUCAGCGUCGAUACCAAAAUCGAUACCAAUUUAAACGGUACAGCAUCGUUAGGCAGCGCCAUAUUGAAUGAAAUCUUUGUCGAAAAUUUAUCUAUAAGAUUUGAAAAAUUAUUUAAUUCUUUUACACGUCUUCGGGAUUGUUUUUAUAAAUUAUUAUUUAAUGUUCCGAUACCGAUAAGAAAUAAGGGAAAACGUUAA